AUGGGAAAGGAGAAGACCCACAUCAACCUGGUGGUGAUCGGCCACGUCGACGCCGGCAAGUCGACCACCACCGGCCAUCUGAUCUACCGCUGCGGCGGCAUCGACCGACGCACCAUCGACAAGUUCGAGGAGGAGGCGCGCGCCAUCGGCAAGGCCUCCUUCAAGUUCGCCUGGGUGCUGGACAAGCUCAAGACCGAGCGCGAGCGCGGCAUCACCAUCGACAUCGCCCUCUGGAAGUUCCAGAGCCCCAGGUACGACUUUACGAUCAUCGACGCCCCGGGACACAGGGACUUCAUCAAGAACAUGAUCACCGGCACCUCGCAGGCCGACGUGGCCCUGCUCGUCAUCUCGGCCGCCCAGGGCGAGUUCGAGGCCGGCUUCUCCAAGCACGGACAGACCAAGGAGCACGCGCUGCUGGCCUACACGCUGGGCGUGAAGCAGGCGAUCGUGAUCGUCAACAAGAUGGACUCGCCUUCGGUGAUGUGGCGCCGCGACCGCUUCAUCGAGAUCCAGGACGAGGUGAGCGCCUACCUCAAGAAGGUCGGGUACAACCCCAGGAAUGUGCCCUUCAUUCCUCUGUCGGGGUGGGGCGGCGACAACAUGACCGACAGGAGCGAGAACCUGACGUGGUGGGACGGACCCACCCUCAUCGAGGCGCUGGACUCCAUCAAGCCGCCCAAGAGACCCCUGGACAAGCCCCUCCGCAUUCCUCUCCAGGACAUCUACAAGAUCGGAGGCAUCGGCAUGGUGCCCGUGGGCAGGGUGGAGACCGGCGUGGUGCGCUCCGGCAUGCAGGUGGUCUUCGCUCCCUGCGGCGUGACCACCGAGGUCAAGUCCGUCCAGAUGCACCACGAGGAGAAGGCUGAGGGCGUGCCGGGCGACAACAUUGGAUUCUGCGUGAAGUCGACCGGAGCGCUGCGCAGCAUCAAGCGCGGCCAUGUGUGCGGCGAGGCCCGCCGCGACCCGCCGCGCGAGUGCGAGAACUUCACGGCCCAGGUCAUCGUGCUCAACCACCCGGGCGAGAUCCGGGCCGGGUACUCGCCCGUGCUCGACUGCCACACGACCCACAUCGCGUGCCGCUUCGACGCCCUGGUGGAGAAGCUGGACCGCCGUACGGGCGCCCGCACCGAGGAGUCGCCGGCCAGCCUCAAGAGCGGCGACUGUGCCCACGUCGUGCUGGUCCCCUCCAAGCCCCUCUGCGUCGAGUCCUUCACCGACUACCCGCCUCUGGGCAGGUUCGCGGUGCGGGACAUGAAGCAGACGGUGGCGGUGGGCGUGAUCAAGGCCGUGACCAAGAGGGACGGAGCUGUGGGCGUCUCCGCCGCCGGAGCGACCAAGAAGGCCGGCAAGAAGGCCUGA